ACAGAGAAUGAAAUAGGGUGGAGACGAACUGUGGACGUCUCUAAUAAAUUCCCACAAUAACCAAAUAAAGAUUAUAGAUAUACAAGUGAUGAACAAUAUCUCCAUUAGUUUAGAGAAGCUUGACAGACCAAAUAAACAAUGAGUUCAAAUGUGAGGGGGCAAAAGCGUAAUUUACUCUAUCCUUUCCUUCAAAUUACUGUACAUUUAUAAAUAAUACUUUCCUCCGGCUAUUUUUUCAAAACAGUGGGAAGUUAACGGUCGACUAUCAAUCAAUUAUCCGUACGAAAUCGAAAUUUCCCCAAUUCCGAAAUAUACUGAUAUCUCGUCGUUUCUGCUAUUCGGCUAUUCGGCAAACCCUACGAAGCGAGGAAGAAGAAGAAGAAGAGAACAUGGGGAUCUCUAACCUCUCAUACGAGGAAUGUCGUCGCAAAAGAGUUGAAGAAAACAAGAAGAGAAUGGAAGCCCUAAAUUUGCCCUUGCUUUCUCAAGCUCUCCUGGACUCUUCCCCUUCCAAGUCUUCCUCCCCUAGUAAGCUCACCAAGCCUCGCGUCACUCAGAAACAACUCGUGGUGGUGAGGAGGUCCAGUCGCGUGGCGAAACAGCCAACCCCUGUUUACGCUGAAGUUCUUGUUGAUCGUGUGGUGAUUCCUAGAAGAGCAAGAGAUUUUCCGGAGCAGUUUUAUGCUUCGGAUGAAGCAAGAAAAAAUGCCUUCGAAAGAGCUCUCGAGUUACAUUCUGGAUUGGAGCCAAAUUAUCCCAUCUGUAUAAAGUCAAUGGUUCGAUCUCAUGUUAGUGGUUGUUUCUGGCUGGGCCUUCCUGCUCAUUUCUGCAAGACCCACCUUCCAAAGAAUGAUGGAGUAAUGACUUUAAUAGAUGAAGAUGGUGAUGAGUAUCCAAUAAUAUAUUUGGCACGAAAAACAGGAUUUAGUGGGGGAUGGAAGGGUUUUUCAAUUGCUCAUAAGUUAUCAGAUGGAGAUGCUGUGGUUUUUCAACGCAUUAAACCUACAGCCUGCAAGGUGUACAUCUUUAGGGCGAAUGGUUCCAAAGAAGAUAGUGAUUCUAACAGUAGCUAAAUGAUUUACUUUCUUAUCCCAAGUCAGUUCAUUUCAGGUGAGAAUUGAAGAGGCCUGGGGAAGGGCACAUAAUGCAACAACAUUUUUCAGAAUUGGUUUUGGAAUAAAAGGCAAUAUGUGUCUUGUACAAUCUUGUGUCAGCUGAAUAUGACUAUUAUGUUGGGGAUCAACAAAAUCUAUAGCUUACACAGGGGCUCAUCCCACUGGAAACCCCUCAGGGUAUAACUAACUUAUUUUCUUAGUAAAUUUGAUGUAAUAGUUAUUUUGAAUGUUCAGGGUAUAAAUUAAAUCUGAGACCAUGGAGACAUAAUUAAAACGUACCUUAAAA